ACAUCAGGACAACGCCCCAACAAUGCACGACAGGGGACAUGACAUCUAACUAUUACUUCGGGUUGUAAAUAACUUUAUGUGGACAUAAGCUUUUCACAGAUCAAUGUUAGCGGACGCAUUGACCUUGACAUCUAGUCUUGGCUGGCAUCCAAUCCAACGUUAAGCAAACGGAGAAGAGGGAAGUUAAUACUUUUUGACUGUGAAAAUAUAAUCUCGACGAGCUUGUUCGUGGUUGAUCUAGAUACUAUGUUCAGAGUCCAUAUCAGCGGAGAACAGGAGACGUCCAAGAGAUGCCAUCUCAAAGGGGCGUAUCACCUCAUGGUGAAGGAUUCAAGUUUGUGCCUGUGCGAUCUCACAUCUUCGCACGUCCUUUAUGAAUGGCCUUACAAUACUAUCCGAAGAUAUGGGGUAACUAGUCAUUCAUUCCAGUUUGAAGCAGGACGAAGAUCUUCAUCUGGUGAAGGUGUUUUUGCUAUGGAUACUAACCAAAGUUUUCAAAUCUUCAAAGCUGUUGAAGGAAUAUGGAAAACACCUAAAGAAAGUUCGGCACUGUCAGGAUCAGUGACGUGUUCGGAUGGAUGUAAGCGUCGUCCAUCUGCUGAUGAAGCGGGCAUCAAAGAUGUAAAACAGAGAGUUGUUGAAGCUGCUGAAAGUAAUCACACGUACGUGAACACCAUCGGUACAAGACAAGGAUGUCUCCACGAGAACAAGGUUAUCUGUCCUGGGGAUACUGUCGGUGUUUACAGCGAACCGUAUAGUAUAGACACAGGGACAUACCUCACGGCAGUUCCAGAGAAACAGCAACACAGCAGAGCCAAGCCAUAUGGCACUCGUGCUGGACCUGCUUCCCAAUCAGAUGUUGACCACACCUACAGCGAACCGUAUAGUACAGACACAGGGACAUACCUCACGGCAGUUCCAGACAAAUAACAACACAACAGAGCCAAGCCAGAUAGAUGGCACUCGUCCGUGAACUGCUUCCCAAUCAGAUGUAGACCACACCUACAGCGAACCGUAUAGUACAGACACAGGGACAUACCUCACGGCAGUUCCAGACAAAUAACAACACAACAGAGCCAAGCCAGAUAGAUGGCACUCGUCCGUGAACUCCUUCCCAAUCAGAUGUAGAACACACAUCGCAGGUUUCUAUUUUGUUGUUUAAAGCCACACUCAGCAAUAUUCAAGCUGUAUGAUAAUCGAUCCUGGACCAAAACAUCCAGUGAUUGACAUCAUGAGCAUCUAUCUACGCAAAUGGGAUACGGUG